CCUCCAUUCCUUUUUUAUUUUUUGUUCCCCUUGCAAAAAGAAGCCAUUUUAGCCUCAUUUUCAUACAUGUCUCCUCCCAAAAGCUGGUCCUUUGGGAUUCUAUUUUUGGGGUUCUCUCUCCUCUUCUUCUAUAGAAACCCUUCUCCAUCUCCUGAGGAAAUGGCGGAGGAGGUGCCCAGUUCCAUCUACGACAUCACUGUUAAGGAUAUAAGAGGCAAUGAUGUGAGUCUGAGCACAUACAGGGGAAAGGUUCUUCUCAUUGUAAAUGUUGCUUCAAAAUGCGGAUUUACUAAUUCCAACUACAAGGAGAUGAAUAUACUGUAUGAGAAGUACAAAGACAAAGGAUUUGAGAUACUGGCAUUUCCUUGCAACCAAUUCGGCGGUCAAGAACCCGGGAGCAACGAGGAAAUUCAGGAGACAGUUUGCACGAGGUUUAAGGCCGAGUUUCUGAUAUUUGAUAAGAUUGAAGUGAAUGGGAGGGAGGCAUCACCACUCUUCAAGUACUUGAAAUCACAGAAGGGUGGAUUUCUUGGUGAUCGUAUCAAGUGGAACUUCACUAAGUUUCUAGUUGACAAAGAUGGCAAGGUUGUGGAGAGAUAUGCGCCAACGACAUCUCCUUUAAAAAUUGAGAACGAUAUCCAGAAACUCUUAGAAGCUUCCUAAUUCACUACUUCGUGCUGUAAAGCUUGAUGCGAGUACGUAAGCCGCUUCAAGAAUGGGUUAGCUCUCCGCAGACUUUACCUCUAGUCGGAAAAUGUGUUACUUUUAACACGUACUCUCUAGUAUAAAUAACAUGACCUUUGGAAACAUUCUUGAAACUUAGAACAAUAGUCAUGAAACAAGGUGUUAUGGUUUCUCAUGCAGAGAAAAACGAUGUUGUAGUCUGAAACUGGUACUUGCAGCAAAUGAAAAAGUUUACAUAGAUACAAUUACAUUUCCAAUCGA